CAAUUCAUCCGAAAUGGAAAAUUAACGGAUGAAUUUCUUGCCAGCUCUUCGGAUGCAUUUCCUGAUGCUGAAACGAAUUCCCAGUACAAGGAUGUUUGGUACAUUGUAUCCUCUACAGAGGCAGACAAACCACAAUUUGCUGUCGAAGUGUGCAAAGUAGGCGAGGUCUACUACGAUUUUGAUAAGAACACCUCUAGGGGCUACUGCGACCAGUACAAACAGAGAGUUUGGGCGACGACUAAUCAAUUCGGGUGCGCCAAGAAAAUAUGCACAGAAGAGAGUGAUCCCUUAAAGCAGCACACCAUGUUCGCGUGCCUCUACAAACCAUCGUAA